AUGCAUAAGGUGGUGAUGUUUUUCCUUUGGGUGGGAAUUUACCUGACCUGGUCAGUCCAAAGCAGGAAGGAAGCCACGAAAAUGCUAGGCUUCAUCGGAAGGAAAAACAACCCAUCCGGAGGGAUAAGAACUAACAUCAAGGGGUGCAUGAGCACAACCAGCACAGUCCUACUUGGAAAGGAAGACAACCCAGUAACAAUAAAUGAAGGGAAUUACAAAAAUGAAUUGAAAAAGGUUAAGGUAAGGAGAAACAUAAGUGAAGCGCUACAUAUGGCUACAUACGAAGAAAUGAAAAGAGACAAAAGUGUGUACGUACUGGGAGAAGAUGUAGGCUUGUAUGGAGGAUCAUACAAAGUAACAAAAAACUUAGCGCAUUUUUUUGGAUUCGCCAGAGUGUUAGACACACCAAUAUGUGAAAAUUCCUUCAUGGGGUUAGGCAUUGGAUCAAGCAUAAAUGGAUUGAGGCCCAUAGUGGAAGGAAUGAAUUUGUCAUUCCUCAUUUUAGCCUUUAACCAAAUUUCUAAUAAUGCCUGCAUGAUGAGAUAUAUGUGUGAUGGACAAUUCAACAUUCCUAUUGUAAUAAGAGGACCGGGAGGGGUAGGAAAGCAGUUGGGACCAGAACACUCACAGAGAAUUGAAUCUUAUUUGAUGAGUGUACCAGGGAUAAAAAUCGUGGCUUGCUCUACUCCAUUCAAUGCUAGAGGGUUGCUAAAAUCAGCCAUACGAGACAACAACCCUGUUUUGUUUUUGGAGCAUGUGUUAUUAUAUAAUGUCGAGGAGGAAAUACCACUCCUACCAUACACCUUACCAAUCGAUAGAGCCCAAGUAGUCAGAACAGGAAACCAUCUCACCAUUUUAUGCUACGGAAUUACUAGGCAUAUCGCGCUAGAAGCUGCAAAAGAGCUAGCUAAUAUUAACAUCCAGGUUGAGGUAAUCGAUUUGAUUUCAUUAAAACCGUUCGACUUGGAAACAAUUGGAAAUUCUUUAAAGAAGACAAAGAAGUGUUUAAUUUUGGAUGAAUCAGCUGGGUUUGGGGGCAUUGGUGCUGAACUGUACACCCAGGUGGUUGAAAAUUUUUCUUCCUUCUUGGAGAGCCGACCCGUUCGUUUGUGCACGAAAGACGUGCCUAUAGCAUACGCGAGCAGGUUCGAGGAUGCCUGCAUCGUUAAGAAGGAAGACGUGGUGUACAUGGCCACCUACAUGCACGCACAGCGCGCGUAG